UUUUUAUGAAGUAGCUGUUCUUGAACAGUAAAUGUGCAGAAUUUUGACUCAGAAUAUUUUCUAACCGGACUUAUUAGAGUCCCAUAGAGUGUUAUCCGCCCGAUUACUUGAAGUAAUAGUAGGAAAGUUAAACUUUUAGUUCAGUCCACUGUAUUGCUACAUGUUGAGAACACAAGCUAGUUCCAAUGAAACCUGCCAUCUAUGUGUACAGAGGUCUUGGGGCAAGUGAGCAGGGUCUGUCUAUGCUGCUUAAUGCCCUCAAAAGAUGGUGCUGUAUGUCCACAUACGAUGUCAUCCAGAUUAGCCCACAGGAGAUCAUUACAGGUGAAUGGUGUAAAAAUGCUUCCUUGCUAGCUAUAGGGGGUGGCUAUGACAGAGGUUUUAUCAAAGCUCUGGGUCCAACAGGUAUGCACAUUAUCAAGCAGUAUGUGCAGUCUGGGGGAAGGUAUCUAGGUAUAUGUGCGGGUGGAUACUUUGGCAGUCAGGAAAUACAGUUUGAUAAGGAUGGACCACUCCAGGUGUGUGGUGAACGAGAUCUGGGAUUUUAUCAAGGUCUUUGUGUUGGGCCAGCAUAUGGUACACCCCCAUACAAAUACAACAGUGAACAAGGUGCUCAGGCUGCAUGUAUCAAAUGGAACACCCUUGGACACAAAUCUAAUUCUACACCUAUAAACAUUUCACCAAAUCAUAACGCUGAAAAGGAGAGCACAUCUGUGAAUGGGGGAAAGACUGUGUUCAAUUACUUCAAUGGUGGUGGAUUUUUCACUUGCAAUGAUGGUUGCCAUAGAGACAUUGAUAGUUACUACAGCAACAAGGAUUGUUCCAUAACAACACUAGCUACAUAUAUGGAUUUACCCGAAACACCAGCAGCAAUCGUAAAAUGCUCCUUAAACAAAGGAAUUUGUAUUUUAACUGGCAUCCAUUUUGAAUAUCUAGUUGAAAAACUUAAUCUAGAGGACAGUGAUUUGAAAAAUGUUAUUCCCAAGCUACAGAGCAGUGUAAGAGAGAGAGAAGAAUGUUUCAGAUUUAUAAUGGAUCAGUUGGGAAUCACCUGUAAAUCUUGUAAAACUCAUGAGACGUCCCAUUUAUGAGGUUAUUUAAUUAGUAAUGGUAGAUCUACUAUCUAUCAAAUAGUAGUACAUUGUACAUGUAGUAAUCAAAAAGAUACUAUUAAAAUUGUGCAUGGUUUUGUAACAAC